AUGGGUAUCACAAUCGUGCUGGGUAGCCAGUGGGGUGAUGAAGGAAAGGGGAAGAUUACCGAUAUGCUUUCGCAGCAGGCUACGCUUUGCUGUCGUGCCGCUGGCGGUCAUAAUGCGGGUCAUACCAUCGUUCACGGCUCGAAGACUUACGACUUCCACAUCCUUCCCUCCGGCCUGGUCUCUCCCUCGUGUAUCAACCUCAUCGGCGCGGGAACCGUCUUCCACGUCCCCAGCUUCUUCAAGGAGUUGGCCUCCCUCGAGGAGAAGGGUCUGAAGGGUGCCAGCGAGCGCAUCUUUGUCUCGGAUCGUGCUCACGUCUGUCUGGACCUGCACUCUGUUGUGGAUGGCCUGGAGGAGGCCAAACUGGGUGGCCGUAAGGUUGGCACCACCGGUAAGGGUAUCGGCCCUUGCUACAGUGACAAGGCUUCCCGUCGGGGUGUUCGCGUUGGCGAGAUCCUGGACGAGGCUGUCUUUGAGCGCAAGCUGCGGACUCUGCAUGCCGGAUACACUGCCCGCUUCGGUGAGCUCGACUACAAUGUCGAGGAUGAGAUUGCGCGGUUCAAGGAAUACCGCACCAAGCUUGGUCCCUACAUUGUCGACCAGUUGGCCUUCCUGCAGAAAUACAAGGAUUCCCCCGAAACUCUGGUCGAAGGUGCUAACGCCCUCAUGCUGGACCUGGACCACGGCACUUACCCCUAUGUGACUUCCUCAUCGACCGGUCUGGGCGGUGCCGUUCAGGCCCUCUCUCUGAACCCUACCAGCAUCACGUCGAUCGUCGGUGUAGUGAAAGCCUACACCACCCGUGUCGGCUCCGGUCCCUUCCCCAGUGAACAGCUCAACGAGGUCGGUACGAAGCUGCAGGAAGUCGGCCGUGAGUUCGGUGUCACCACCGGCCGCCGUCGCCGCUGCGGUUGGUUCGACCUGGUCCUCUGCCGCUACUCUCACGCCAUCAACCACUACACCGCCUUGAACCUGACGAAACUGGAUAUCCUGGACGACUUCGACGAGAUCAAGGUCGGUGUCGCCUACAUCCUGCCCGACGGCACCCGCACGGAGAACACCAUCCCCGCCGACGCCGACGUCCUCGACAAGGUCCAGGUGGAAUACGUCACCCUGCCCGGCUGGAAGAGCAACACCAUGGGUGUCAAGAAGUACGAGGAUCUGCCCGCUAACGCACGCUCCUACAUCGAGUACAUUGAGCGCGGUCUGGGCGGUGUCCCUGUGAAAUGGAUCGGCACUGGCCCUGCUCGGGAGGACAUGAUCGCUCGUGAGUAA